AUGUCGUCAAUAUUGAUGAGAUACCCUCUCAAGAACGGAGCAACACACAAGCAAAUUAAACUCAUCUCAUCAAUCAAAUCAAGGACACUAAUUACAGGACCCCCACCAACAACCCCUUCAACGCAUCGUCAUACCACACCCACAUCUGCGCCACUCCCCUCGCCCGUACCAUUACCGUUCUUCUCACCUGAGGUAUCAACCACCAACGCAGGUAAUGGAGAUGCUAAACCGUUGUAUGUCCCUGGAAGUCAGGCGGAUAGACUCGCAAGAGUGGGACGAAUGAGCAGUCCGUUGAGAAGAGGGAGUCAUGAGAGUUGGUGGUCUAGUGAGAUGGGCUGGUUUAAUGCUGUUGCGAAGACUAUUCCAACUUAUAGGGUCUUAGAUGAAGAAGGACAUUUGGUAAAAGGGACAAAGGUACCGGAGAUAACGAAAGAAGAGGCACUUGCGAUAUACCGCACGAUGACCCUGAUACCCAUCGUUGACAACGUACUAUACCAGUCCCAGAGGCAAGGCAGAAUAUCAUUCUACAUGCAAUGUGCAGGUGAAGAAGCUGCGAUAGUAGGAAGUAGUGCGGCGAUGUUGGAAGGCGAUGAGAUGUUUGGGCAGUAUAGAGAAUCAGCAGCUUUACUCCAUCGAGGAUUCACCUUAGACGCAUUGAUGUCUCAAUGUUUUGGAAACAUCGAAGAUAACGGUACAAAAGGGAGGAUGAUGCCUGUUCAUUAUUCUGCACCCGAAUUGGGAUUUCAUACGAUCACUAGUCCAUUGGCAACUCAGAUGCCCCAAGCUGCCGGUGCCGCGUACGCGCUGAAGCUCGAUGAAGACAGACAAGGUGAUUGUGUGAUCUGUUAUUUUGGUGAUGGUGCGGCAAGUGAAGGUGAUUUUCAUGCUGCGUUAGGAAUGAAUUCGGUAUUAGGUGGACCAUGUAUAUGGUUUUGUAGAAACAAUGGAUUCGCGAUUUCCACACCUAUCAUUGAUCAAUAUGCAGGGGACGGGAUUGCCUCGAGAGGACCGGCAUAUGGACUGGACACGAUCCGAGUGGAUGGUAAUGAUGCGCUGGCAGUCUUAUCUGCUGUACGAGAAGCCAGGAAGAGAGCUGUCGAAGGGAAGAAAGGUGUUUUGGUGGAAGCUAUGACAUACAGAGUGGGACAUCAUUCGACAAGUGAUGAUUCGAGUAUGUACAGAAGAGUGGAGGAAGUGAAGGAAUGGACUGUUGUUGAUAAUCCGAUUCAUCGAUUCCGAGCAUUCCUCGCGUCGAAAUCAUGGUGGGAUGAAACGUCCGAGAAAAACUUGUUGUCUUCUCACAAAUCUGCAGUGAUGAAGGCUUUCGGUCGAGCGGAGAAGUUACCUAAACCUAAAUUAGGUGAGAUGUUCAAUGACGUCUGGGGGGUUGGUAAGGGAGACGAAGUUCCUGCUGUUAUUAUGGAACAACGUGCUGAGCUUGGUCGGUUACUCAAGAAAUACGGUGAUGUAUGGGAACCUUGGCGUAAGGAACGAAAGAGGUUUGUGGAAGAGGGUAUGGAUGUUAUGGAUUGUGAUGGUAGGGGGUCUUGA